AUGCAAGAAGCAGUAGCAGCAGCAGCAUUUGGCUAUUCGUCUGAGGAGUUCUUCCCGUUUUGGCAUGUGAAAUCGAAUGAUGCAGAUGACGUGGAAACGGCGCAAUCGUCGCAUCAGUUAACGGAAGAUAAGAAGGAUGUGGCUCUGGAGACUGAACUGGAAACAAGAACACCAUCUUCUUCCCUUAUCGGUUUGAAUUUUCACAUACAUCCCUCUCCCGGUCCCCCCGUACACCGGUCAUUAUUCAUUUUACCACCACCACCACCAGCAACAAGAGCAGGAGCAAUUUCACUAGCACAAAUCCAUAAAUCAACGUCGCCUGUUCAACAACAUCGGCACAGACUUUUUUGCUUACUCCCAAAAGCAAAACUUCAUCAUUGUCUUCUCUGCACCAAAAAAAAACAUCACAUCCAUUCCGUAUUUUUCUUCAAACGGUUAGGUGCAGUUUCGUGUCAGUGA